AUGCAGUAUAUAAGUUACAUGCAUCAUCCAAAUCACUCCUGUAACUACUUGUUAUCGUUUCUAUUGCAUAUAUUGGUUCAUCAUACCGAAGCUGUUCCCAGUUUCUAUAAGGAAGUAGUUUGUACUCGUGCAGAUGUGAGACACCCUUCAAGUUUAACACGAAUUUCGCGUUGCACUGUCAUAGAAGGAGAUUUGUUCGUUGUUUUCACGCGAAUACCACGUGAUGCUAGUCUACCUUUUCUGAAGGAGAUUAUUGGGAGUCUGAUUUUGUAUGAUGUUGAUGGUCCAGAUGAUCUGUCCACCCUUCUGCCAAAUCUUACUUUGAUAAGAGGACAAAGUCUGGUGUUCGGUUAUGCCAUUAUAAUCAAAAGUACAUCGCUCAAGAGGAUCGGUCUUUUGUCCCUCCGAGUGAUCCAGCAAGGCGGAAUACGUAUAGACAGUAAUUCUCAAAUGUGCUAUGUAAAGACUAUCGACUGGCAUAUAAUCCUCCAGAGUCAGAGUAGUGACGUUUCUAUGGUUAAGACUGUUAAAAACGGAUUAUUGUGUCCAGAUACCUGUUCAUCUGGUUGCUCUAUGGCCUCUCGAAAUAAUGGACAGCCUUCAGCAACAGAACUUUGGAACUCCUUAUCAAGAGAUAUUUCUCCCAGUGACGGACAUUGCUGGUCCAUAAGUGAAUGCCAAUCGAUAUGUCCUCUAAGCUGCACACUUAUGAAUUUGACAUGUACAAUGAAACGUCCUUAUAAAUGUUGUCAUCCAGAAUGUCUUGCUGGAUGUUACGGUGAUGGCCCAAGCAUGUGCGUUGCGUGUAAGAAUGUUAUGCAUGGAAAUCAAUGCGUCUCACAAUGUCCAGGUGGAACUUUUAUGUAUCUUAAUAGAAGAUGUGUUACAGAAUAUGAAUGCUUAGUUGGAUUGUCCAAUUUGAUGUAUGGUGGUGAUUUAUCAUAUAUAUCCGAUUAUCAUGCAAAUAAUCUUUCGAAUAAUUCAACUGCAUGGGAUAUCAUGGCUAAAUUAGACUCGAAUUUCACUAUUUUUAAUGGAUCUUGCCUUUUGAAGUGUCCUGUGGGUUAUAAGAAGUCACCUAAAGACGGUCGUUGUUAUCUGUGUGGAGAUCAGUGUGAUCUUAAACAUUGUCGUGAAUUUUUAAUACACAACUUGAAAGCACUCGAUGCCCUGACUGGAUGCUAUUCCGCUAAAGCUAUUUACCUUAGUAUUCAAGAAGGUCAACCUAAAACUGUGACUCUCCUACUGAACAAGGCAUUUGCAAAUCUAAGAGUGAUAUAUCAUAGUCUACGCAUAGUGCGCUCUUCUGUGCUUGAAAAUUUGGAUUUUUUGAGACAUAUUCGUUAUAUUGGUCGCAUUGAUGAAAAUGUUUCAUAUCAUCCGAUUGUUUUUGAAUUAUUUGGAAAUGACAAUUUACGUGAUCUCUGGUCUGUAACGAAAGAUUCUAAUAACAUUGAUGGUGGUCUACAAAUUAUAUCUAAUGGUUUAAUCCGCAUCACCCAGAAUCGUCAAUUGUGUCCUGAGAAAAUUUUUCAACUGUUCGAGUCGAAACUCAUCAAAUUAGCAGGAAAUAAUGUUACACUAACACAAGCAGAACGUGAUAUGAUAACAAUUACAAAUGGAGAUUUAGCGUAUUGUAAUUGGCGUGAAUUCAACAUCAAACUUAGCAAUCUUAGUUCACAUAGUGUUCAUGUUACAUGGCCCUAUCCAUCUACCAUCCAGUUUAUAAAUAAAUCCAUGAAUACUAACUUUUCGAAUGAUUUAAACUCUAGCUAUGCUGAUGAACUUGUUUUAAUAUAUCUUUUCUAUCAACCAGCCCCUGAAGAUCUUCAAAAUAUUGUCAAAGGACGACGAAUAGUCUCCGAUAAGAAUUCAUGGCGUAUGUUGACAGCAUCCUGUGAUUCGAAUCCUGGAGAUAAUAUUCCGAAAUUUCCAUAUUCGGAAUUAGAUUGUGGUUUAACUCUGUUUGGAUUGGAAUCUGCUACACGUUAUGUUGUCUACGUGGAGAUGAAAUUUCCCCUAAAACAAACUGGGGCUGUUAGCAACUUGGUUUACUUCACAACAUUAUCCAUCAAUCCAUCUCCUCCCCAGUAUCCGUGGUUAGAACCUGUAAAUAAAAGUUCACUUCGCUUAACAUGGAUGCCGCCGGCUAAACCAAGUGGGAUUAUUGAUACGUAUUUAAUAUGGAUUCGUAUUCUUGAGGAUAAUCCAUCUGAGUAUUUGACACGAGAUUUCUGUAUACACAAACCUGACUGGAUCCGCUCGGGUUGGAAUACAAAUCUGCCAUUCAAAUACACAGAUCACAUUAAUUCUGAAAGAGAUUCUUGUGAUUCUUGUUCGUCUUGUCCCAAUUUGCACGAAAUCGAACAACUUUCAAGUAUGCAGAAAGUUACAUCGAUAAACGAAAAAUAUUGGCCUUCGUCUGUCAGCAGAUGGAUGACAGAUGACUUUGGAAAUCUUUUGCCGGCAAACGUUGUGGAUGGGACUUUUCCACUCAAAUCUGGUACAAUAGGUUUGAUUGUGCAUCAGAAUAUUUCGACAAAUUUCAAACAUGUUUCAUAUUUUCAAACAAAUUCUCAAAAAACGUGUAUUCAGCACAUUAAUGAGCAUGUAACAUUCUUGACAGGAUUAUCACCAUUUACAAGAGUACUUGUUGAAAUACAAGCUUGUCUAGAAUACAAUUCAAUUGCUCAUGAAAAAUCAUCAACAACGAAAUGUAACUAUCCACCACCUUGGUUUAAUUUAAAAUCUGGAACUACUAUUUCUCUCGAUCAACUUCAACAUCAAUGGUCUGCUUGUGAGUAUAAACUCUGUAGUCCAAGAUCUACUGUGACAAAUCGCGUAAAUCCUCAUGUGGAAUCUGAUAACAUUCCUGUAUCUUCAAUUUAUGCAUCUUCUACCGGUUCAGGCAGUAUACUUAUUACAUGGUCCAGUCCUAAUCAACCAAAUGGUUUAAUUACACACUAUAUAUUACGUUAUAGACCAAGAAAUCAUGGUCAUCAUAAUCAUAAAGAUAACUAUUCAUUUUCAAACAUGUCUGUACCUUGGUUGACGAAGUGUAUAUCAUUAAAUCAUUGGGCUACAGUUAAAUUUACGGAUGAUAAUAAGAGGAUGAUAUCACGAAGUGAACAUGAUUCUAAUAACAAUAGUACUUUUGUUGAUGGUGGAAUCUUAAUCAAGGAUCUAUCUCCAGGUAUUUAUGAAUUUCAAAUCUUAGCGAUUUCACUUGCUGGGAAUGGAGAAUGGAGUCCAACUAGAAUUUUCACUAUUCCAUUCUAUUCAGAUCAUAAUGGCCUAAUAAAUCACAAAAAAUUCGCAAACAUUUGCGCAAUCACUGCUAGUGCAUUUCUGUUACUUUGUUUCAUUUUGGGAAUUAUUCGGUAUAAAAUACGUCGUCAUUAUUUAAAAGCUACUGCUUGGACAUCAAAUAAUCCGGAUUAUUGUACAAUCUAUGAAAUUGACGAUUGGGAAAUUAAUCAAGAUGACGUGGAUGUUUUACGUUGGAAAUAUCCUAUUGGUCAUGGUAGUUUUGGUACUGUUUAUAAAGGUGUUGUAAAACAAUUGAAAACACCAGCAAAAUUAUUUUACAAUAAUCCAGUAAACAUACCGGUUGCUAUCAAGACAAUCAGCAUGCAUAGUACUUUAUUCGAUCAUCGUGAUUUCAUUAAUGAAGCAUGCUUUAUGAAACAAUUUCAAAGUUAUCAUUUAGUACGUCUACUCGGUCUAGUAACUAAAACAAAACAUAAACAUAAAUCGGUAGUAUCUACUGAUUGGUGCAUAAAAUUAUUACAUCAGUAUCAUUUUAGCAAACUAUAUCACUUUGUUAGUGGAAUUUUACAGACAAUGUCAACUUCAUCACUGUCGUCGUCGUCGUCGUCGUCACCAAAAGCCAAACAAUCUCCCCUACUUUCUUCAUCAAUAUCACCUUCACUAGGUGAACAAUUGUUAGAUAAUGUAGAGCCUGAUUGCCAUACAUUCGGUUUAUCAAAACAAAAAUCUACGCCUAUUGACGAUACCGUUUUAUUUAACAACAUUCAAUCCGUUGGUUUAAUGAAUAAAGUAGCACCAGAAAGUCCAUUAGUUAUCAUGCAAUUAAUGGCUAAAGGUGAUUUAGCUAGUUAUCUCCGUUAUUUAGGUGAUAAAGGACAAGGUUCUGUUAAUUCAUCACAAGCAUAUUUAUGGGCAACACAAAUAGCUGAUGGCAUGGCUUACUUAUCUGCUAAACACUAUGUUCAUAGGGAUUUAGCUGCUCGUAAUUGCCUUGUUGAUUCCCAUCUAACAGUGAAAAUUGGUGAUUUCGGACUUUGUAGAGACGUUUACGGACAUAAAUAUUAUCACAAAACAAGUCAUGCAAAACUGCCAAUUCGUUGGAUGGCUCCAGAAUCCCUUCAAACUGCUUAUUUUACUACACAAUCAGAUGUUUGGUCUUACGGUAUUGUUUUAUGGGAGAUUGUUACUAUGGCGUGUCUCCCUUAUCGUGGUAUGUCUCAUGAAGAAGUGAUUAGGUUCAUUCUCAGUGGGAAAACACUUCUAUCCAAUGGUACACCUACUAACUGCCCAGAACUUUUUCGGGCAUUAAUGCUUCAUUGUUGGAACUUCAAUCCCUUGAAACGACCAACAUUCCUAGGACUGUGUGCUUUACUUUCACCUUGUUUUGGAGAUGCGAAAUUCCGAUUGGCUAGCUUUUUUUAUCAUGGUGAACAAAGUCUUGUAAACAAAGAUGACCGUUCAAAGAUUUUGGAAGCUCCUGCUAUUUCAUUAGGUAGAUUGAACAUAUCACAUAAUCAAGAUCCUGCACAUACACUUGCAUCUGCUUUAAGUUCCUUAUUCUGUGAUACUGAUGAAGAUUCUUUUUAUGAUCAAAGUGAUCAAAAUAUUGUUCCUCCGGACAGUUGUUCUGCACCAUUAACGCAAUUAAGUCUCAGCAGUAGAGCAUCGACAGUUAAACACAGCCCUAUCGGUAGUGGUCGCUUGAAUGAAACUAACUGCAGUAGUUCUGAAAAUGAAUCUUUGAAACAAAAUGAUACCAACAUUGCUCUGUCGGAGGUUCAAUACCUUUUAAGAUUAUGUGGACCGGACGAAAGUCUUACUAUCCCGGCUUUCGUAGAUUCCGAAUCGUUUCCUCUGAUAUCCAGUCCUACAGUGAAGUCUGUCAAUAAUCCAUGUACAAACUUUGAAAUGAGUGGAACUAGGAAUGUUAUCGCAUAA